CCCUGCCGGAUAAAUCAGCGCGGAACGCAGCCCCGGUGGGCAGCCGGAGCGGCGGUGCCUCGGCCGGGCUGCGGGAACGGAGCGCACCCGCUGUGCCGCAUCCACGGCUUUUGGCGCAUCACGGGUUGUGUAACCGCUGGCAAAAAAAAUAAUCUGCCAGCCGUGUUGGGCGAUGGCAGCUUGCUGACCACUGUCCUGCUACAGCUGGCAGCCCCGGGGAGAGGGUUAAGGACACACUGCUGCUGAACGAAAAUAUAAAUGUACGGAAAUGCAUUAGGAUGCCCGGCUCACGGAGAGCAGUCUGAGAAGUGUGUCAUGAGGCAGAUGAUGCUGAACAUAAUCUGGAGCACAAUGGCAAUGUUUUGACGUUGCGAUUAUUUUUGCAGCUGUCAGUUGCGAUGCCCAGAGCCAUUUUAUUUUUCAUGAGCGCUUUUUCAAUGAGACAUUUUUCAUCUGGGAUCACGUCACAAAAUUCAGCAAGAAAGCUUGGUUGGCCAAGAGAAUGACGUGGUUUUCACGGAUCUCUUUUUGAGAUGUACAGAUGAAUCCAAUGCUGUAGUAAGGAUCAGUUUAUAACAAGUCAAUGGAUAGCACUGCAGUUGGAGUUAACAUGUACCCAGUCAGCACCUCCUCGCCAGAUGUCAUCUGGGAGUGUUCCUGGCUCUUCUAGAGACAGCAUGAUGAUCUAUCUCCUUGCUGGUGUUGCUGCUUUUGGUGGUUUGUUUUAUGCCUACAGAGCAGUCAGCUCAUCACGCAGCAAGUAUAUUGAACACACAAAUGCUCUUCGCGAGAGAGACGAGGGGCAGAAGAGCAAUCUUUGGUCAACGAAGGAAGGUGAUGGAGAAGAGGUGGAAGAAGUCCCUGAAGCAGAGAAGGCUGUGGAGGAGGCUGAUGCAGCAGCUGCUGUUGAACCUGCAGCACAGGAUGAGAGUGCUGGACCCACAGCACAGGAUGAGACUGCUGGGGCAUCCCCAGAAGCUCCAGGGGAGAAUGACUUACUGGCUCCAGAGGUAUCCCAUGGUGUGGAGGAAGCACAGCAGGAAGCUGCUGCUGAUUCAGAAGCUGCUGCUGAUUCAGAAGCCGCUGUUGAUUCAGAAGCCGCUGUUGAUUCAGAAGCUGCGGCUAAUUCGGAACCUGCCGCUGAUUCAGAAGCUGCUGCAGUUCAAGUUUCUGAGGAGGAGAAGACACCUGAAGAAGUUGCUAAGGAGCCCUAAAGUAAUCAGUGCAGAUGCCUUUGGGGAGUUUAAUGCAAAUAUUUGUGGCGACCAACCAGCUGAUUCCUGUGUGAAACCUCAUACUCUUCCUUGAAGACAUAAAAGAAACUGUGCAGUUUGUCCUACCACACACUGGUCAUCACAGCCAGUAUUCAGUGCUGCAAGACAUGAUUUCUGCUGCUAGAGAAACGCUUCUGUGACUAACAUCUCUGCUCUAGAAAGUAGCAUCCAGCUAAGCCACCCAGCAUGUCCUAAAUAGAUGUGCUAAGAGAAGCAGUAGGCUUAACUAAACCAUGCCAGAAGAACUCCUUCUGUGUCUUUGUUGUCUUGAUAUGUACAGUGAUUUCUUACCUUUGGUCCAAACUGCUGUGCAUAGUUAUACCUUUGUAGCAUUCCAUGCUAAAAUGUAAGGAAAAGGCUUUAAAAUCAAGUCAAAAUAUUAUACAUUAUAAUUAUACAAAAUACUACACCUGUUAGGAUUUUUAAAUUGGAUCACAGGCAAAAUAACAACAUUUCAGAUGCUACCAUUCUUUGCCCAAUAACAUCCAGGAGUAAACACUUUAAGGCUCCUGCUUUGGGAAGAAAACCUGCUCACAACCAGUAGCAGUAGGUACUUCAUAGCAUGGCAAUCAAAAAACAGCACUGGUUGGUGUUGUCAUCAUGUACCAAAAGUGGUGGCUCCUGCCUUGGGUGUGCUGGGCUCUGCUCCUCCCAAAUCUCAUUCAGCUUGCUGGGGUCUCUCUGUGCUGCUCUGUCCUGGCAGUGGUAGUGUAGACCUUCAAACUGCUACAAAUCACAAGCCUCUAAUGCCAUGGCAAAGCCUGUCUCCAAGCACUUGCACACAGAGAGAAAAAACCCUGUGAAGGGCUGUGCAACAGGUGUUCUAAUGGACAGGCAUUCUUAGGGACUAAGAAAGGACUGAACAGCUAAAUAACCUUGCUUUCUCAGUGUUAGCUUCAUAAAAAACACAUUUAUUAUGAAUAAAAGGUUUGUAUGCCACUGUGCUGCCAACCCCUCGUUGUGCUACGUGCACAAGUGUGCAUCUAAGAAAAUCCUGAGACCCCACUGCAGCCAUCACAGAAUGGCAAUGAUUCUAAACCACAGCCAAAAGAGGUAUAUGAUGCACUGUUUGUAUAGGAAGUGUGUUUCUUAAGGUGUGUCUGACUCCUUUCUCUUCAAGCAGAAGUUUGGGAAAUGCUGAAAGGGAAAUGACAGCAUUAUGGCAUUCCUACCCAUGGCACACAGCAGCACAUGCUCCUUCCCCCUUCAUAAAGCAAAUUAUAAUAGUGUUCCACCCAAAAUAUAGCUUAUUGCUCCUGGACCUACUUAGGAAUAACUGCAAUAAUGCAGAGGCAAAAGCAGGCUCCUGAAGAAGACAAACCUUCUGCUUAAAGGAUAAAGCCUCUGUGAUUAAAAGCAAUUUUUGUAGACAAAGCUACUGGAAUAAAAAUCUUAGACUGAUGUUUUGUUGGAUAAGAGUCUAUUUAUCGUGUAGAUUAAACAUGCUGUGAUGGAUGUAUGCACUUAAAUGUUCUAUUUCUUCAUUUUCACCAAUUCCUAGUAAUAGAAAUUGUUUUAACUACAUCUAACAGUAGGGUUUCUGAAAUGGUAGGCUUUUCUGAAUGGCUAUUUAUCUCUGGAACUGCUCUGGUACCUGGCAAAAUAUGUUUGCCCUCUGGAACAGCUGCCUGAAUGAUUGAAUCACAAACUAUGAUUUCCAAAGCUUUUCAUCCUUUCAAUUUCAAAAAAAUGUGAGAGUCCCAGAAUAGCCUGUACACGUGCCAGAGUUCCUUUUUUUUUUUUUCUUUUGUUUAGGUUUUUUUAAUUAAAAAGAAGAACUAGAGGACAUGCAGCACAGCAUGGUCUGCUUCAGCACUUGAUUCUCUUAGAGUAACAACAGUGAUAUUUUGCAAUUGGCAGAGGUUCAACUGAAUUAUUGAUUCAGUCUUGCCAGUAUGGAGUCUGCAUACCCCAUAAAUUAAUAUUUUUCUGUCCUUCACUUUCAAAAAAGUGAAUUUUUGAGUUGCUUCACAAAGGUUGUGAUGAACCAUGGAAAAUGUUGAAAGAUAUUGUUGAAAUGGAUCAUUAAGGAGAACAAUGCCACAGCAGAGAGCAGACAUAAUGCAAGACUACAGGAGAUCAGAGGAAAGGUUUGGUCUUGAGAAUGAAUACACUUCACAGGCCAGAGAUUCCAGAAAAGCUUGAGAUUCCAGAAUUUGUCCAAACUGCACAUUGCUCCUCUGCUGCCAGCAGCUAUCUGUGAAAACAGCUGGCAAGGAUUUUCACCUCCCUCUAGCUCACCUCUCUGAAGGGUGAACAGCCUGUUGCUGGGGCAGCUAUUCACAGAGAUGAAAAUUCUGGAGAUAACAAAGUCCAUCUAACAAUUUCAGGUUUACUUUUUGCCUGUGUUGAUGUGGAUACAGAAUUUCAAUUUUAUUUUCAUUUGCUCCUUCAAAACAUAAGACAAUUACUAAAAAUCAUAAUUCAAACUGCAAGCUGGUACUCAGCACUUGGAAAAUCUGAGAGUGAAAUACUUUAAUGAAGAUUUCUUAUGUCUGCAACAGGUUUGGAUGAUGUGAUACUAUUUUUUAAAUGUUUUGCUGGAAAAGAAAAAAAACCAAAAAAAACCCCAAAAACCCCAAAUCAAAAUCCCAGUGAAUUCUCAUCCAAGCAAGAAUGUGCUGUGAUUCUUUUCCUUACCUGGUGGGCUCUUUCCCUCAAAAAUUUUGAGCCAACUAGCCACCACAACUUCUGCAGGUGGGAGGAACACAAUGUUGAGUGAUGAAUGAGGAGACCAGUAGCUAAGUGGAGUGUUUGUGUUUGUCAGGGGAUAAGCAGAUAAAUGAUGCAGCUCUGUGGCAUUUUUGUGGCUGCAAUCAGCCACUGUAGGAGCUAUUUCCUCCCUGUGGGUGGUUAGGGAAGGCUGAGAGGAGAGCUGAGAGGACUGAGGGCGAGGGAAGACAAACAGGGACAGAAGGAAUUUUAUGUUAAAGGACAUUGGAGCUCACUCUGUGUGCUGCACAGUUCCAUGGAGUGCCAUCCAUGCUGUGACACAGAAAAUUCUGCUCUUUGGAAAGGUAUUUCUUGGCUGGGUGCUUCUCUUUCUUGCCCUGCUCACCUGCUGCAGAAGAUGGAGGCUGUGCAGGAUGAUGGAAGUUAAUUCCCUUCCCAAGCAACAGGCAUCAACAUCACCAUGGGUAACUGGAUUCUCCUGCAUUCUGGGCAUUACUCCUUUAUUUGGGAUGCUGCAGGAGAUUUUGCCUCCUCCAGCUUUACUGCAGGGGGAAGAGGGCUAAAACUGUAGGUUUCUAUGCUGGAGUUAUUCCUGCUGCUUGCGUGAAUGACAGGUAAUUAAACAGUGUGUUGAAACAG